UGCAAUUCUAGGCAGUGCUAGUAGCUUCGGCAAACUUGUACAUUCCGGAUCGUUUUUUAGGAAUACGGGAAAAAUGAACUAUUGUAAAAAGUGUGAAAACCCACUUGAUGAAAUGGCGUACAUCAUUUGCGGUGGGGAGUGUGCCAAAAGAUUCCAUAGCAUUUGUGUCGAUCUAACAAAAGAUCAAUUAGCGCUCCUUUCAUCGGCGAAUAUUAAAUGGAUGUGUGACCAGUGUGUAUGUAGGCAAUUGUAUCUUCAAUCGCAAUCACUGCUGAUGCCGUUCCAACAGCUGCGUCCAACUCAAUCGAAAAAUGUUUUUGAAAAAGCCAAAGUUAUAGCCGAGCCAUCAGCCCUUGCUCAUUUGGAAGGAGCGAAUGCAAAGAUGUUCAAACGGAAAGAGUAUUUGACCUUCGGCGCCUGCAUGAUGCUAACCCUGAUAAUAAUGGCCGCUUUCUUUGUUGCGAUCCAAGUUUCGGUGGAGGGCAAAUGUAAUCUUGUACCCGGAAAUAGCGAAGAACCGAGAACGAAUAUUCAAACCAACUCAAACUCAGUUUCAUGUUUGCCAGCUCUGGAAAUUGUGGUGCGCGAUCAAUGGUUAGCCCAGCCUCCGAUUAAAGAUAUGAUUCCACUGAAACUUCCUGUUGAGCGAAUCAUUGUUAUCCAUACACGAACUGCAGAUUGUGAAACACAGGCUGCCUGUACAUUCACGGUGCGCUACACUCAGACGUUCAACAUCGAGUCCCAGCAACAGGAUGAUAUCAUUUACAAUUUCCUAAUUGGUGGAGAUGGCAACGUUUACGAGGGUCGCGGUUGGGAUUAUCGUGGCUCCGUCAUCCAGGGUUACAACGAUGAUAGCAUAAGUCUGGCGUACAUCGGGUCGUUUAAGAAACAAAUGCCGUCGGAGAAACAGCUCAACGUAACCAGGUUAUUGCUGGCCGAAGGUGUUCGCCUGGGCAAACUGUCGUCGGAUUAUAGAAUAGUCGGAGCAAAUAAAUUGGACCCAACAUCGACUGCAACAUCUGCCGAUGCAUUGUAUGAAAGUUUCAAAGACUGGCCUCAUUGGUCAGAUCACUGAUCAGCAUAGUUUUAAAUACCUAAAAUAAGUUUAAUGCCAAUCGAAUCAUUGGAAUACUGUCAUUGGUUGUAAUUCGUUAUCAUUUGUCCUGUAAAUCAUUUAAAAAGCUGCCUUUAUUCCUCACACCAGACAAAGAAGUAUAAAGAUGGGACAACACAGAGUCCGAAAGUAGUUAGCUGGUGGAUUUACAUUCGUUUGUAUGUUAUCAUAACAACUAACUAGACCUAUGUCAAGUGAUUUUAAGUCAAUAGACUAUUAAUUAGUAAUUUUAAUGGAAUAAAAUUUUGCGCAAAAUUUCUGGUCACUUGUAA